UUGCUCUACAUCUGGGGAAAGCUUGAAACCCAGGAUGAUCCUGUCAAACUCCACGACUGUGAUGCCCUUUCUGGCCACACUGUGGCGGGAGACAGCUCAACAGGGAGGCGAUGCAUCCGGCCUGGCUCGCAGGUCUCAGCUCCGAGAUGACAGCAAGCUGGAAGCACUGUACAUCCUCAUGGUGCUGGGCUUCUUUGGCUUCUUUACCCUGGGCAUCAUGCUGAGUUACAUCCGAUCUAAGAAACUGGAGCACUCCCACGACCCAUUCAACGUGUACAUUGAGUCAGAUGCCUGGCAGAAGAAAGACAAGGCAUUCUUCCAGGCUCGUGUUCUGGAGAGCUGCAGGGCUUGCUAUGUCAUUGAAAACCAGGUGGCCGUAGAACAGCCUGCCACACACCUUCCUGAACUGAAGCCUUUGUCAUGAACCCCAUAGCUCAUUAAGAAUAGACAAGCCCUGCAUAUGGCAAUCGUCCUUCUGGUCACAGACCUGUCAUAGUCUUUAUUGUAGGGGUGCCACUGGAGUUUUUGCUACUGAAGCAUUGAGGGAUGAAUUAAUAAUACAAGUUUUCUAGAAUCACAUUUCUUCUAUAGUAGAUGAUCAGUUAAUUCUGCAGCACCUACCCUUGUCUUUUGAAAUCGAGCAGAGUCCUCAACAAUUUGCCCUCUGAGAAUGCAAGCCCAGUUUUUCCGAAAUCUCUGGACAUUGGCAGGGUCCCGUGACUAAGUUCUGGUUAGAAGAUACGGACAUGAGGAGUCCAGUUGGUAAUAGCUUUUGAAGAGGGAAGGGUGUGCCCUCUUUCUUCCUUGUCCCCCUAAGGACACUGAUACACUUGAGGCAGCUCUGACAGAAACAGCAAUCCAC